GCGGGCCUGUCUGUGUUUCGGUGGCUUAUUUUUCUCUCGACGCUCAAGGCAGGCGGUGGUCGAUACGCAAAAGUAAAAAUACGCGGAGGGAGCAGCGCCACAUAUCGCUGCCAGAGAAAAAAAAAAAGAAAUAAAAGGAGCGCCCCCCGAAACGCCGAGUUCUUGGUAAAGAAAAGCACGCGCGUCAUCGAAAAAACGUGCUACAUAGCCCCCCCCAGCCGGGCCGAUAUCCAACCGAAAGCGGGAAAAUUACAUAAAAAGGAGCAUGGCCGAUCCGAAUAGCCUGAAUGUGACCGUGGACGUGGUGUUCCCCACCGCCAUCGUCCUGGCCAUGCUGGUAAUCAACGGAUUCAUCUUCGCCUUCAUCAUGAAGAAGCGACGAGCCUACCAGAACCUCAAAGCCGUCAAGGAGCAGCAGCGAACGUCCUACGCCGCCACCGGCAGCCAAGUGGUAGCAGCGCCCCAGGCGGAGACGGAGGACGACUGUGCCAUCGAAAUGGAGCGUCUGUAGCCGGAGCUGGAUCGGGAGAAGCCGAGUCUCCAAGUCCUAGAUACUCAACCUCGUCCAAGCUCAAGCAAAGGCAACGAAUUUUCCUAACUGAAACUAGCUAAUAAUUCAUAAAGUGCAAGAUUUAUUGCUCUCUGGAUGCCAAGAAGAGUCGCGUCUAACUAUAAAGUAUAUUUAUACAUAAUUGUAUACGUCGAGAGUGCCUAGACUGCACGUGCAUUUAAUUACUGUUUUUAAGCUGUUAAUUAUAUAUCACAAUAUUCAUUUUUUCUACAAAAAAAAAAACCCACUAAAAUGUCUACAAUAAAACGUGUGAAUUCUAUCAUGUCCCAUCAACAAA